CCGGGGGCCUCUACUGUAGGGGCAACUUUUAGUUCAGCUGAAAAGUCUCACACAACAAAAAACACAACAAAGUAAAUACACACGAAACGAUGUGGGUACAUUUUCUAGUGUGUCUGGCCCUGGGUGGCUUGAGCGUGAUGCCUUUGCUGGUGCAUGCCAUGCCGCUGGCCGCCACUGAACUGUCACUGCCAACAAAGGGCACAGCUGCAACUGAAGAUCCUGAUGGGGAGGACAUGCAGAAGGCAACUGAUAGCUCUGGCUUUGAAGAACAGGAACAGGAGCAGGACAUGCAAGUGGCAGCAGAUAGUUCUGGCAAUGGAAAAGAGGAACAGGAACUGGACAUGCAAAUGGCAGCAGAUAAUUCCGGCUAUGGCAGGCUGGAAAGGGAGCGAGAGAAGAGCAAACUUCGCAUGUUUCCCAAGAUCCAUCGCACCGCUCUAGCAGCACACGGCGGACAGUCGCUGCACACCAAGGAUCUGCUCAACUUUUGGGUCAAAGAAAAACCCCACAAAGCCACUCAGGCAGCGCCAAAGAACGAAGAUGAUGCUGAGCUGGAACUACGAGCUGGUAAAGGAAAAGGAGGAGGAGCUGCGGCCACAGCUGCUGGCAAAGCUGGCACCGAGAUGACCAUAUCCCUGCCGAAUGUUGUCACCGAUCACAUGGGCAAUUGGGUCUUCAACCCCUGGGGCGUCACCUUUGGGCGUGUGUGGGAGGACACGCGCUUCGCGUUUCAGGGCAAGCACUGGCUGCCGUGGAUCAUGCAGGACUACUACAUCAAGGGCGACUAUCGGCAGGAGAAGCUGCACGGCACCGUGUGCCAGGGCAAGUCGACCAUCUACAACUAUCCCAAAAUCUACAACUGGUUUCCGCACUACAUUGACGGCAACAAGCGCAAUCAUCGCAACAUUCUGCUGAAUCUGCGCAGGGAGAUCUACACGGAUGGCCGCACAGAGUCCUGCCACGUGAAGGAACUGGACGACUGGUACGCCUAUCAGCAGUGCACCAUACUGAGGAACAUGCGCAUGGAUUACUUGGUGCCCAAUUAUCCACUGCAUCGUUGGUAUAAACCCUGAUAGAGUGG